CUACAUGGUAAGUCAGCAUGCAGCAGUCCGUAGGAUAUCAGUUCUUCGACGCAUAUAAGUGGGCAUACGCAGGAUCCGCAAUUCGCUCAUUUCAAGGAAUCAGCAGAAGAAAACAGAGGAAAACCAAAGAAAGAAAAAGAAAGAAGAAGAAGAAAAGAUGCAUUGGGUGAGAGCCGAUUCGUCUGAUUUCAGUGGAACUCUUCCUCACCCUCGAAGUGGCCACACAGCAGUCAAUGUGGGGAAAUCAAUGGUCGUCGUUUUCGGAGGCCUCGUCGACAAGAGAUUUCUCAGCGACAUUUCAGUCUACGACACCGAGAACAAAUUAUGGUUCACUCCGGAGUGCACUGGGAAUGGACCUGAUGGACAAGUGGGUCCAAGCCCACGAGCAUUUCAUGUUGCGGCUGCCAUUGACUGCAAUAUGUUUGUCUUUGGCGGGCGUUUUGGUGGCAAACGGUUAGGUGACUUUUGGAUGCUUGAUACCGAUAUCUGGCAGUGGUCAGAAUUAACCAGUUAUGGGGAUUUACCAUCACCACGAGAUUUUGCUGCUGCUUCAGCUAUUGGAAACCGCAAAAUUAUCAUGUAUGGCGGUUGGGAUGGCAAAAAAUGGUUGUCGGAUGUGUAUGUCUUAGACACAAUGUCACUUGAGUGGACAGAGCUAUCUGUUUUAGGUUCAUUGCCACCACCCAGAUGUGGCCAUACUGCCAGCAUGGUUGAGAAACGAUUGCUUGUCUUUGGUGGCCGAGGAGGUGGUGGGCCCAUAAUGGGUGAUUUAUGGGCUUUGAAGGGUCUGAUUGAAGAAGAGAACGAGACACCAGGAUGGACUCAAUUGAAGCUUCCUGGCCAACCUCCUUCUCCCCGUUGUGGCCAUACGAUGACUUCUGGAGGGCAUUAUCUUUUAUUAUUUGGUGGGCAUGGAACUGGUGGUUGGUUGAGUCGAUAUGAUGUAUACCACAACGAUUGUAUCGUUUUGGACAGAGUGUCUGUGCAGUGGAAGCGUUUAAGUAUCAACAAUGAACCACCUCCUGCUCGAGCAUAUCAUUCUAUGACUUGCAUUGGUUCGCGCUAUCUGUUAUUUGGUGGCUUUGAUGGAAAAUCCACAUUUGACGAUCUGUGGUGGUUGGUUCCAGAAGAUGAUCCUAUUGCAAAGCGAUUGUCCUCAUCUCCUCCAGCCACUCUUCCUGAAAGCAAGGACGUAACCAUGUCAAGUGAUGUGGCUCAAUAUGUGGUCAAGCAGAAAAGCCAAAAUGAAGAAUCACCAAUUGUAGAGUUGCAGAAAAGACUACAAAUUUCGAUGUUGCCCCCUCUAGAGCUUAGUAUCAUUGAUGAGUCGAGAGACAGAGAAUUUCUGGAGUUAUCAUCUAGGAUAGCUGGAGAAGGUGUACCUAAUGAUGACCAGGUUGCACACAUUCAGGUGCUUCGUGAACACUGGAAAACGUCUUUGGCAGGGUCGAUACGAUUGCAGGAGCUUGGGCCCUUGCUUCGGGACUAUCAGCGUCAAAUAAUCCGCAACAAUUUAGGAAAUGCUGAGUCUCUUUUGCCAUCCGGGCUAUCUGCUCCUUCUGGACAAGAAGCUCACCAACACCGCUUUUAUCAUGUUAAGAGUGCUUCUCAGCUGCGCAUGGACGAUAUUCCAAAGUUACUGAGUGAGUACAAACAGCUGCUCGCGAAUUGAAGAAUGGGCCCACCUUGGUGCUAUCUAGGCCUUUCAUCCUAAGUGAAAGAUCAUCAGCAUUCAGCAGACUGUUUUAGAGGACUUGUGUGUUCUUAUUAGUAUUGUGCUAUAACGAGAGCUAGUUCCAUGUCUAAGGAACCUUCCAACGUUGUAUUCUAUGAAGGAUUGUACAAGUGGGGCCAUAGGAGUGCAAAUAGGUGGGUUGGGUUGGUUCAGGUCAGGUUGACGUGAGUUCCAGACUUGACCCAUUUGACGAUCGGGUCUGGAUUGUAGUUCCAAACCCAAUCCAUAAGUAUAUGGGUCAGACCUGGGUGGGUUCUAAGCAUGGUUGAAUGAGUCAGCUACUCGGACCAACUUGUUUGUUGUUGAUUCAAGUUGAAACCAAAUUGAGUCAACUCAGACAAGUCGCACAGGGCUUGCUGAGUCUUAAAACCAUGGUUCCAAUUCCAAAUAGGGCUUGUCCAAGUCUUGAAACCAUGGUUCCAAGCCCAUAAGCUAGGUCAUGGGUCAAGUCCAGAAUACUAGGAUCCAGAGCAUCAUUUUUUUAUGGGAUGGGUUUGGGUUUGUCUAAUUUCUGGAUCGGGUUGACUUGAUGCACUUGCUCCUUGGCUGUAGUUCAGUUAUUCAAACUGUUC